AUGGCAAGUAUGGCAGGGACUCAGCCGUCCAGUCCUCUGGACACCUUGCAGCUCAUGAUAAAUGACGUUCUGGUAAACAUGGGCAAGGCAUUGAGGUCCAGUCAACGCGAUAGUAAGAGGGCGCCCAGCUCUUCAAGCACCACUAGAGCCUACGAAGCAAACGAGAGAUUCAACUCGGCGUUGGAUGACCUCGAGCAGGAACUGAUCGAAGCAAAGGCUGUUCUCUACCGUGAUUUGGAUCGCUUGAGGGCCAGCAAGCUUCAGCCAGCGAUGCCUGAACCCGUGCCUGCGCCUGCUCCUGAGCUAGUCGCCGCCCAACAAGCUCCUCCAGCUCCCAUGACCCUCGACGGGCCGCCCCUUGAUCUGUCUGGCCCAAGUGGGCAGCUGAUGGCGGAUAGCAAACCUAUUGCUCCCUUCCCCAACAUGGAUCUCGAACCGAGCGCUCCAGUUCCCCAGAUGAUGGCCGAGACGAAAAUGGAAAUCCAGUCGCCUCAGCCAGCCACGAAGGUGGAUCCCACCGUUCCACGAGGCCCCGUCCAGAACGAGGCGCCAAACCACCUGUCCGUUGCCAAGACAAGAUCUCCAAACCUCACCAAGGCGUCGCCGGCAGCCAAGGUGGAAUCCCCUGCCAGCGUAGCGUCCAAGACCACCAUGCAGCAAGGCCCUACGUCAGUCUCGCAAGACACCGGCCUCGACUUCGGAUCGGGCGGGCUGUCUCUGGGUCAGCUUCCGGGGUCCUCGAAUCCAGAGCUGAACUUCACCGACAUGCACUUCUCUCUCGCACCCGCGCCCGCUGAUUCGCAAAAUGCCACGCAACAGUCCGAAAGCGUCUUCGACCUGGAUGCCUUCCUGGCGGGGGAGACGAUGCCUUCGGCGCCGGCGGACAACAGCGGCGGAGGCGGGACCGCGGGACAGGCCGAGGUGGCUCCGAUGGACAUCCCCAUGCCGACCGUGGAGGCGUCCAAAGAGCCGGCCAAGGUGGACGACACCAACCUGGAUGACCUGUUCGACCUCAACGGCACGAGCAUGGAUAUGGGUCUGGACGGCGAAGGCGUUGAUGGCACUACCAACUUUGACGAGAUGUUCUUUGAAGCCGGGGACACCGAGAUGGGCGAGUUUGACAACGCCUACUUUGGGUUGGACGGAUAA